CCUCAUUCGUUUUAGGGACUCCUGUUCACAAUGUACACGGGAAUCUCGGCCCCUUCACUGUCACUGUUCCGCUACGUUUUUAUGCAUUGUGAUUGUUUUCCUAUAUGAAGACAUAUAGUCCCUGAGAUGCCUCCUAAAAGCUCUACCUCUUCCAGGGUUUCUGGAAAGCGCCAGAAGAAAGUUAGGACGCUUCUGGAAAAGGUAGCAUUGCUGGAUAUGCUAACAGAUGGAAGAAGUUACGCCGCAGUAGCACGCCAUUAUGGCAUGAAUGAGAGUACCGUACGGUACAUCAAGAAGAAGGAAGCAGACAUAAGGAAUACCGUAGCGGUGAGUAGUGUCUGCGGAGGUGCCAAGACCGUUUCGAUUGUUCGGGAAAAAGGAAUCGUGAUGAUGGAGUCGGCCUUGGCAAUGUGGAUUACGGAGUGCCGUAUGAAUAGCAUCCCACUGGAUGGUAAGCUCAUCCGUGAGAAGGCAAGGGAGCUUUACAAGAACUUUUCGAGUUUACCUGAAUGCACCAACGACCCCAAAGAGAAAGAAGCAGGACAGUCGUCGGCGCGGGAAGGUUUUCAGGCAAGCGGCGGGUGGUUCGACCGUUUCAAGAAACGCUUUGAGCUGUGCAGCGUUUCUUUGCAAGGGGGAGCUGCAUCCGCAAACACGAAAAUCACAGAGGAAGUUGAUUGCCGCCCACAGCACGUAUUCAAUAUGGGCGAGCCUGGUUUGGUCAGGAAGAAGACGAUGCCUUCGAGGACGUACCUGAUCAAGAACGAAGCCAAUGAGUUGUUCUCGUCGGGGAUUUAUUGCAAAGAUUCGCCUCAGUUUGACGACCUUUUCGGCUUUUCUGUGGAGGAUGUGGAGACUGAGGUGAAGCGAGGAAACAAACUGAAGUGUGCCAAAUGUAAGAAGAGUGGCGCCACAGUUGGUUGUGAGGUGGACAAGUGCAAAAGAUGCUACCACUACCCUUGCGCCAUUGAAGUAGGAGCAGAGCCUGUGGUGGAUGAUAACAGAGGCGAAUAUGUGCUGUUCUGCUUCGAACACUCCAAAAUUGGACAAAAGAGAAAAAAUAGUUCCACAAAUGAAAGUGACUGUGUCAAGUCUGGAUCCACCACAAGUUCAAAGGAACCAUUUAAGUUUUGCCCUACUUGUGAGAAAGAGAAAGGAAAUAUCAACUUGGAGUGUUCAUCUCUCACCUUUAUGCUGUAUUGCGAUAAACACUCCAUGGCAUCAAACAAAAAGGGAACGACUUCUGGUGAUUUAACUGCAACCUUUCUCCGCUCGGACUCGUGCCCGAAUCAGCCUGUUGUCGCUCUAAAGGAGUUUGGCAAGAAACCUAAGCAUCAGAAAAAGCUGCAGGAGAAGGUUGAACUUCUGGAUAUGUUAAAGGGAGGUAGAACUUUUGCCGCCAGACAUCAGGUUUGCACUAACAAACAGGCCGAUGCCCCCCCCAAAAGGAAACGUCAAAGCUUGAGAAGGAAGAUACAGAGCCUAUUAGACUCCUCAUGUUCAGGUGACGAGGAACCGCCUCACUCAUUUGCACCCAUACAGGAUUCAGAUUCCGACAUUAGUUCCGACUUGGCUUCAAUGGACCAAUCCGUCAGGGAAGAUGAAGUGACCUUUGCUGGAGCCUACAAAGAACACCAGACAGCAGACAUGAGUGGAGAUGUGGACCCUGAUGCCAAGUCUCUUCCAAAGGAGCUUCCUGCGAUGACAUUGUCACCAGCCCCUCCCACUGGGGAAAAUUCCACUGCAGCAGAGGCAACACAUGGGAAAAACAAAGGAACGCCCCCCGCUUUGGACCCUGCUAGCUUCUGGAGAAGCUGCAACGCAGCAGGCUGCACACAAGCCAUCUUCAUGGAUUUAAUCAUGGAAAUGAGCAACAUCUCCACGAGGAUCCAGUCGGACCAUGCCAGCCAGGAAGAUUACGACACCGCCCUGAAAGUCAUGAUGGCUUCUGGCAAGCUGACGCAGCUGGUGAAGAAACAGCAGAAUGCAUUGAUAGGUAAACAAAUGGAGCUGCAAAAGUCACUGGCAGCCAUGCAGGAAGUAGAGUCGGCGCUGAUGAGAUGACAUCACCACUUUCAUGUCUGAUGGGGUCCCACUCAUUUUUUUAAGAAUGUGAGUGUGUAUGUGGUUUUGUAUUUAAACAUACAGUAUUAACUGUUGUCAUCUACAUGCUGAGAUAUGAACAUUGAGAGGACCAUCAAUGUGAGUUGUUAUUUAUUUUAAAUUACAUUUUCAUACCGACGUCAGAAAUGUCAAACUAGCACUUCAGAGUACUUGGAGAUGUCCCUGUUUUGGUAAUACAAUAAAAUGAAACUGGCA